AGCAUAAGUGAUUAGGUAUUCAUGUUUUAGUUUCUGGUGUGGUAAAGCAUUUCCAAUGUGUUUCUGUAAAAUGUUAUGUUUGUGUUGUCCAGGCUAAUUAUGCCGUUGAUGUGUAAGGACAUGGUGGAGCUGUUGGAUGCUGGUAAUACCAGCUCUGUGAUUCACUCCAAUCUGUCUGACAAUGUGUUCCUGUAUGGGGUCUUCCCUACCACUCCCAGUGUGGCCAUCUAUGCUGCCCAAUACAAUAUGAAGCUUGAGGUGGUGGUCAACAGCACAUUCCUGUCUGCACCCAUCAUGUAUGCGUCGGCAUGGUUACUGACUAUUCCAUGGAUGGAGGCAACAUCCCUGGUGAAGGAGCUACAGAAUGUGAGCUUUAACAUCAGCAGUGUCAGCCUCAUAGCCCGGGCUAGCUGCUCUGUGUGGUUUUGCUCAGGAUGAAAGCCCUGAGUCCACUGUUGUGCCAGAAGAGAUUCGUCUUACUUGUACACAGUUUGUACGAUACCACAAAGAUCAGUGCAUUCACGAUAUAGUUCACAAUCGAGGAUCAAAUGUUCCUUUCUUCUGUCAUGGAGCAAGUAUCAGCUGUUGAAACAAAAGCUCUCCUCAGUGGCCCAGCUUGUGCUGCAAAGCUCCUCCAACCUCCUAUUCCAUGUCUCACUACCUCCACUAGGUCGCUGGUACCCCUAAACCUCAGUUUUGUGAAACCACCAUCAACCAGCCAGUACCCGAUUACUACCACUAGGCCCCCUGUACCACCUCCACCAUCAACCAGCCAGUACCCGAUUACUACCACUAGACCCCCUGUACUACUUACCUCCACUGUCAAGGACCCACCGCCUGCCACUCUGCAACCUGGUGCAGUGUGUGGAAACCCUUCAGCAUCCAUUCAACCUUCAUCCCCCUCCUUCCAGUCAGACAGGCAUGAAUCUCAAGAAAUAACACAUCAAAUGACACUAUUUCUACUGGACCUUACAAAAACUCACCAGCAACUUUAUUUUAGGAACAAAAUGGCGUUCUAUAAAAAAAUACAAAACUCAUUCUCACAAAAGGGCUACAACUUGUCAAGUGAAAAAAUUCGAAAAAAACUAGCAAACAUGUUAACCACUUAUAAGAGAGUAAAAGACAGGCGCCGUGCAACUGGGGAGGGGAAGAUCACCUGGGAGUACUAUACACUAAUGGAUGAGUUAUUUGGGUCAUCGGGGAUCGGUACUGCACCACUUGGCACCAUUCACUCCACACCUCUAGGUUUGGAAGAGACCUCCACCCAAAGCAUGCCCACAACGUCUUCUCUUCAAGACCAGCCAGCAGGUGCUAGUAUGGAUGAACAGCCAGGAACCUCUACCAUACCAAAUACAAACGUCACAAGCAGGCAAAGACGACCACAACCCUUACAAUUUCUGGAGGCUUACGAAGAGCAUGCAGAGAGAAGGACUGCUGUGCUUGAGUCCCUGGUAAGGCCAGAUCUGGAGAGAUGGUGGCGACUUAAGGAGAGGCGGAGAAGGUCCUUUGAAAAAAAGAUGGUGACCAGCUUGGGAACAAUUGUGGAGGAGCUGAAGAAAAUGGGAAAAAGACAAGAGCAAAUUAUGCAUCUAUUACAGAAUCCACAUGAACCUCAAUAAAAUGAUAAUGUAAAGAUGUUUUCUCUUUUGAUUUACACCUUUCCCCAAAAUGUCUACUAUGUAUUUUUUUUUUUUUAUGUUUCCAAAGAACACAAUUUCUAAUGACAAACUAAUUUUGUUCAAUAAAAUAAAUUUCUUUACUUCAACACAAAAUCUGUUUUUUUAUCAUUUGUUGAAUAUUUCUGUACAUUCAAAUCUUUACUUUUGUAUGUUUAGUAUACACAUACAAGUUAGAUCUGGCCACAAAUCUGGUCUCUAUAAUGACAUGCAUUAGUGUUGUGGGGUUGCUGGGGGUGUGGUUCAUCAUCAACACCAUCAUCUACCACAACAACUUGAUCACUGGGCUCUAAACAAAGAUAAUGCAAAAUGCAGCAGGCUGAGACUGCUGAACUGAUAUUGGAAAUGCUUCUCAUUUGCAGGCAAUGGAGCCUCCUAAACUUAGAUUUUAGAAUGCCAAAUGCAUGCUCAAUGACCACGCGAGCUGCAUUGAGCUUUCUGUUAAAGUAUCUUUGCCUAGCAGACAAGUGGCCAUUGUCUCUAUAAGGCCUCAUAAGUUGAGGCAACAAAGGGUAGGCAGAAUCCCCAAUUAUGUGCAUUCCUUGUGGAACAAGGGAAUGAGGAUCUUCUUCAAGAACACGACAAACUUCUGUGAAGCGAAAUGCUCUGGCAUCAUGCCAACUCCCAGGGUAACCCACACUGAUGUGACAGAAGCGCCGCUGACUGUCACAAAACCCAGUUAAAUUUACAGAGUAAAACUGUUUCCUAUUCAUGUA